UCUCUCUUACUGGUUCGGAUAUGAGGUUUGAGAAGUGGUGGUUGCCGGUGAUGUUGGCCUUCGUCCUCGCCGGAGCGGCGGAAAUUGUUGAUUCAUAUGAACGGCCUCCGCCACGGGAGUCUCUCGUCGUUUCACCCUCCGUAGAUGCUGAUCCUACAACUCCACAACAGGUUCAUGUAUCUUUGAUCGGUAAAGAUAGAAUGCGAAUUUCGUGGAUUACCGACGAUCAUACUCCACCCACGGUAGACUACGGCACAUCCCCGGGGAAAUACCAGUAUUCGGCUAACGGCACCAUUUCUUCUUACGAGUAUCUAACUUACGCAUCUGGUGAAAUACAUGACGUAGUAAUAGGUCCAUUGGACCCGAACACCGUAUAUUAUUACCAUUUUGGCCCCGGUUCGAGCCCUGAAUUCUCUCUCAAGACUCCUCCUGCCCAAUUUCCGAUCAAAUUUGCCGUUUCAGGUGAUCUUGGGCAAAGUGGAUGGACCAAAUCGACACUUGAACACAUCUCAAAAUCAAACUAUGAUGUGUUACUACUACCUGGAGAUUUGUCGUACGCCGAUACGAUACAACCCCUAUGGGACUCGUUUGGCCGUUUAGUGGAGCCGUUAGCUAGCCAACGGCCGUGGAUGGUGACACAAGGCAACCACGAAGUCGAGAAAAUCCCGGUCAUCCACCACACCCCGUUCACUUCCUACAAUGCAAGGUGGCAUAUGCCGUUUGAGGAGAGUGGCUCCUCGUCUAACUUAUACUACUCGUUUGAGGUCUCAGGCGUUCACGUCAUCAUGUUGGGUUCCUACACCGAUUUUGGCCCUGGCUCGGACCAAUAUGGGUGGUUAGAGUCGGAUUUGGAGAAGGUCGAUAGAAGCAAAACACCUUGGCUCGUCGUGCUUAUUCAUGCUCCGUGGUAUAACUCGAACUACGCUCAUCAAGGGGAGCAAGAAUCGGUUGGCAUGAUGGAAUCUAUGGAGGGAUUGCUUUAUAAAGCUCGUGUAGAUGUCGUUUUUGCAGGACAUGUUCAUGCUUACGAGCGUUUUAAUCGCGUUUACAAUCAAGAAAUUGAUAAUUGCGGCCCGGUGCAUAUCACAAUCGGGGAUGGAGGCAAUCGCGAAGGUCUUGCUAGCAAGUAUAAAGAGCCACAACCAACGAUAUCGGUAUUUAGGGAAGCCAGUUUCGGGCAUGGGGAAUUCGAGGUAGUCAAUGCAAGUUAUGCCAUGUGGUCGUGGCGUAGAAACGACUACGAUGAAGCGGUUCAGUCUGAUUCGAUCUGGUUAAGAAGUCUCGCUUCAGACCCAGGUUGUAAUAAGCUAUAAAUGUGAAGUCCUUAUUAUAUAUCUUACUUAACUCUUUCCCUCCAUGACUCCACCCCUUCUUCUAUCACCUUCAUCUUCUCA